AUGUCUGAGGAGCCUCUUUUCGAUCCCUCGCUCAAGAAGCGCAAGAAGAAGACCGUCGCCUUCUCGGAGGACCCUCUCGGUGCUGACGCCGACCCUACGACUCCCGCCCCUACCGAGAUCGACAACACAACAACAAAUGGAGAGGCGGUAGACAUGGGCACUACCACCCUGCAUGAGCGGAUGAAGCAGAAUGGCACGGCUGAUGGUGAUGAGGAGGAGAAGAAGGAGGAUGACGAGUUCAAGGCAAUGUUUGGUGACUUGAAGAAGAAAAAGAAGAAGAAGGAUAUCCCUCUCGACCUCGAGGCCGACGGGUCGGGUACCGCUACUCCGGUUGUACCAGCGGCCGGUGAGGACUUGGACUUCUCUGAUCUCAAGAAGAAAAAGAAGAAGUCUUCCAAGAAGGCCGCCCUGGAUCUCGAGGCAUUUGAGAAGGAGCUGAACGAGGCGAAAGUGAAGGAUGCGGAUGAAGACGAGGGUGGAGAGGACACCCAGAUACCGGAGAUAGACGAAGUGGAACUCGGCGAUGACCCCUUCGCGCGGGGUGGUGUGGAGAGCGUCAGUCUGGACUCAGGCAACGAGCCUUGGCUGAAGAGCGACCGUGACUACACGUACGAAGAGCUCCUCCAUCGCUUCUAUGGCCAACUGCACGCAUCCAACCCUGCUCUCCUCACUUCCGCUGGCAAGCGAUACACCAUCGCCCCUCCCCAGAUUCUCCGCGAAGGCAACAAGAAGUCCAUCUUCGCCAACGUCUCGGACAUAUGCAAGCGUAUGCAUCGGCAGCCCGAGCACGUCAUCCAGUACAUGUUCGCGGAAAUGGGUACCACUGGUUCCGUCGACGGCUCCGGUCGACUGGUCAUCAAGGGUCGCUUCCAGCAGAAGCAAAUCGAGCAUGUCCUUCGUCGCUACAUCGUCGAGUAUGUCACUUGCAAGACGUGCAAGUCCCCCGACACGCUUCUCACGAAGGAGAACCGUAUCUUCUUCAUGGCGUGCGAGUCGUGCGGGUCGCGGCGCUCCGUCAACACCAUCAAGACCGGUUUCCAGGCGCAGGUCGGAAGGAGAAGCAAAAACAAGACGGGCUGA